UAUGUUUUGAUUCACCCAUCCGCCACUUGCCCCCGACUCAACCUCAGUUUCGAUGGUGAAAAUCCUGUCGGGCGCUGGCACGCCGCUGCAAAACAAGCACCACCGCAUACACGCGACCAAACCGCUUGCUCCGCAGUCCGCCUGUACCUCUGGUCCAUUUGCACAGCUUCGCACCUUAAAAAUGCGACGCAAUCUCGCCCUGACAGCCCUCCUAGUCACCACGUGCGCCAGCAAAGACGUCCCGCUUUGGAUGCAAGCCAUCCUGGACAGCCGACCGCACCUCAAAACAGUCAAAGGCGCCCACGUGCACCGGUCGCAGUACCCGGAGGACCCGGCGCUCAAGGCCGCCGGCGCGCUGCUCGCGAAGCCGCCCGUCCGCAAUCCGGUGGUCGUGGCGCUGACGACUACUCCGACGCGCGUGGCCGCUGUCGAGCCGGCCGUGCGAAGCCUAUUGAACCAGUCGCAGCCGGCGCUGAUCGUCGUGAGCAUCCCCGACGUCUACAACAACCGCCGCAGUCACUGGAACGGCAAGCGCAUCGAGCCGCCGGCGUGGCUCGCGCAGCUUGACGCCGCGGCGCGAUCAACAAAGGGGCCGUGCGCGCCGUGCGUCGUCGUCGCGAAUCCCGCGCACGACUACGGCCCGGCGACGAAGCUCGUGGGCGCGGUCGAGGCGCUGCGGAGCGACCCGGCCUUGCUCGCGAAGGCUGGCGACGACCGUGAAAAGGCGAUCGUCGUGGCGGCCGAUGACGACCACGAGUGGGAGCCGUUCGCGCUGGCGACGCUGCUGCACGUCGGCUUCUCGUCGUCUAAACCUGUAGGCUACGACGCCACAAAGACCGUGUGGACCUACUACUCCUACUUUUAUCCGCGCGGCCGGCCCAUCAAGGACUCCGUCUGCGUCGCCCAGGCCGGCGACAUGCUCGCGGCGCCUUUGUCACUUUUCGGCGAGCUCGAGCGGUCGGCGGCCGGCGUCUUGUAUUCGUCGCUAUUACGCCAUCGACGCGAUUCGCUCCCGCGCAGGUGGGGCCGCGAGCUACUCCCGGGCGGCCGCCUGCCGAGCUGCUUCUUCGUCGACGACCUCUUCUUUGCUGCCUAUGCGGCGUACUCCCGUGCGACCGUCUACGCGCACCCGUGGCGGCGCUGGCUCUUCCGCGAGGCGAAGCGGCGGAAGCGGACGGGCGAGCCCGCGUUCAAGCCCUGCGCGCAGGGGGGUUGCUCGCCGAAGACUAUGCAGCUGCGGUACCCCGACGGCCUCGCGCACGGCGCCGUGCGCGACCGGCACUCGACGAACUGCCGGAGCGAGCUCGAGGCGCUCGGGUGGUGGACGCGCGGAGGCGUGGGGGAUCCGUGCUUGCUUGGGGAUUUCUAG